CGUGCGCCGGCCCGGUUCUCCCACCGUUCCCCCCGCCAUGAAGCCGCCGCUGCGUCCCCGCUUGGCCCCGGCUCGGUACGUGACGGGCCCGGGGGAAGCGGCGGGGGAGGCGGAGGGGAGACGGAAAGCCUGGUCGGUGCGGGAGAAACGGGCGCUGCUGGCGGCGUUACGGGAUCAGGCAGCGCUCGGUGUUCCCGAGUUCCAAGCGCGGCCUUUGAGGGAGCGGUUGCCCCGACGGAGCGAGGCCGAGAUCCUCUCGUUCCUGUGCCGGUUGCGGGGCCGGGUGGCGCGGGAGGCCGUGAGCACCCAGUACCGGCACUGCCUGGAACAACAACGCUGCCGCCGCUCCCAAGUCCCGGCACCCAUCGAGGUGUGGUUGGAACUGGCCGAGACGUUGGCGGAAGGGCUGGAGGAAGCGACGGCGGCUGCUUUCUCCCAGGUCCUCACCGUCGCGGCCACAGAGCCGUUGAGCCUCCUCCAUUCCGUCCCACCGCGUCCCACCGCGACGGAUGGGGACGGAGAAACAAUAGCAGGGGGGGACGCCGCAACCCCCCGUUCUUUUCCGCGGCCCGACGUCCCCGAGGGAUUCGCCGUCGAUUUUCAGAGGGUUUACGAGUACCUGGCGCGGCUCUGCCGGGGCGCGAAGGGUCCCGCGCUCCCCCCGGGCGAAUCGGCGGUGGUGCUGGCACUGCUGAGCUCCCUCCCGCCGGAGCUGAGCGCCCUCGACUGUGCCGCCCUUCGUGGCCACUUUCGCGGGGUCUACGGCGCCCUGACGGCCCCCUGCUUCUCGGAAACGGAUCCCCCCGGUCCCCCCUCGCAGCCCGGUACCCCAGAAUCUGGUUGGAGGGGGGUCGGUCUUUGUCCCCUCAACCUUUUUCUGGUACCGUUGAGGCUCCUGGGACGAGCGGAAGCUUCGGGGGAAACGGGGACCCCCUGUUCCCGGGGUGGGACGCCCCCUCCCCAGGCGGGGUGGCGGGAUGGGGGUGGGGAAUAAAUACGGUGAU